CCCCCAUCUCUCUUGUCAGAAAAAAAUCACUCACUCACUCACUAUCAUACACUCAAAAAAUGGAGGGUACUACAAGUCAUGAAGACCAAGAAGCCUUGAAGUUCCAAGCCUAUCCAUAUGCAUACUAUGUGCAAAGCCCCUCCUCAAUCUCUCAUGCAAACAGCAUUGACAUCCUUAAGAACAACAACAACACCACAUCUCAUGAUGAUGAUCAGAUGAUGCUUGUGGUCUCUGGCUACGCGCUCUCUCGCUGCUCCUCUUCUCUCGGCUCCAAUAACUCUUUCCUGAACGAUGAGAAGAAGAUUGCGGAGAAUCGUUUGAUCAUCAUCGAUCAUGAGGAGGAAGAGGAGGAAGAAGAAGAGGAAGAUUAUUAUUACGAGUGGAUUAAGUAUUUCUCUUUUAGGGAAUCAUAUUCAUGUUUGUGGGUUUCUUUGCAAUUAAGUUGGAGGAUCUUGGUGAGCUUGGGAUUGGCAUUGCUUGUUUUCUACCUAUCCACAAAUCCCCCACCACCCAAAGUGUCUAUCAAGAUGGCAGGGAUGCCAGAGUUUGUACUGGGUGAAGGAGUGGAUACAUCUGGUGUUGCAACCAAGAUCCUGACCUGCAACUGCUCCAUGCACCUUCUAGUAGACAACAAGUCCAAACUCUUUGGACUCCACAUUCAUCCUCCAAUCUUGGAUUUGUCGUUUACACACCUCCAUCUCGCAAUAUCACAUGGAUCAAAACUAUAUACUACGAGCGAGAGUUCGAGUUUGUUCAAACUAAGUGUGGGAACUAGGAACAAGCCAAUGUAUGGUGCAGGGAGGAACAUGCAGGAUAUGCUGGAGUCUGGAAAUGGGUUGCCUUUGGUGGUUCGGGUGAGGCUGAGCUCCAAUUUCAGGGUUGUUUGGAACCUCAUCAAGCCAAAGUACCACCACCAAGCUACUUGCUUUGUUAUUCUUGGUAGAUCAUAUGACAAAAACCAGAACACCCAAGUAUAUAAAAGCCACUGCAUAAUGUCUUGAAGCCAAGGUCUUUAUCAUAAUUUAGUUUUGCCUUUUGAAUUCAAAGAAACUUCAAUUUAAGGGAUAAAAAAGAAAGAGAAGUUAGAAAGAAUU